CUUCCGCUUCUCAAGCCUGACCUUCCGGCAGCUGGGUCAAGCGUUGAGCCGACAUUGACUCGUCCUCGCGAUUCGGUCCGACAAGCCCACUCUCGAGACAUCAUGGUGGCCUACUGGCGACAGGCUGGACUCAGUUACAUCCGAUACUCCCAGAUCUGUGCGAAGGCAGUGAGGGAUGCGCUGAAAACGGAAUUCAGGGCGAGUGCUGAGAAGACUUCCGGCAGCAGCGUUAAAAUUGUGAAAGUGAAGAAGGAAUAAUGUACCCUGGUUAAAGCUUGAACACUGCUCUGUUUUCGAGGUGAAGAUGUGUGGGCACGAGCUGUGGCAGACGGAAGGCAGCCUUGCUCCGUGGGGGGGACACCUGUCCCUGGAUAGGUGGACGGUGCCAAUAAACUGAAGUGCGGUCA